AUGCUGUUCAAAACCAUCUUUGCCACUGCCAUCGCGGCUUCCCAUGCUGUUGCUCAGCGCGCUUGUGGUGCUCCUCAGCCCACAGAAGAGGAGAUAGCCAUAGCGAAGACAUUCUACCAGAUCGAGAAGGAGGCUCGUCUGGCUGGCAACGCGACCUCGGCUGCGGCCACCAUUGAUGUCAAUGUCUACUUCCAUGUGUUGGCAACCUCAACCUCCGCGUCUGGAGGUUAUCUUAGUUCAAGCCAAAUCAGCUCACAGCUUGCCGCUAUGAACACGGCCUUUGCUCCACAUGGGAUCAACUUCGUCAAUGCCGGAACUGACUGGACUGUUAACUCUAACUAUGCCAAUGACCGCUCCGAGACUGCCAUGAAGAGAGCUCUCCGAAAGGGAACCUACGCGGAUCUCAACCUGUACUUUGUCUACUCGAUGAGCUACCUCGGCUACUGUUAUUUCCCAACCAGCACCAGCGGCUCUGACAGCAACUUCUACCUCGAUGGCUGCACCAUCCUGUCAUCCACCGUUCCCGGGGGCUCUGAGACAAACUACAACCUGGGACUGACCGCUGUCCACGAGAUAGGACACUGGUUUGGCCUGUAUCACACAUUCCAGGGUGGCUGCUCUGGUGGUGACAGUGUGGAUGACACGCCUGCUGAGGCCAGUGCUGCUUCUGGCUGCCCAGUGGGCCGGGAUACUUGCCCGGCGGCUGGCGUCGACCCAAUCCACAACUACAUGGACUACACUUACGAUACAUGCUAUGAGGAGUUCACGCCCGGUCAGGAAGACCGAAUGUACUCUUUCUGGGACCAGUACCGCGCCUCAUUCCAGUAA